AUGGGACAGACCCCACUCAUAACGGCCGCUCUCCGUGGCAAUACAGAAAUGGUCCAGUUGCUUCUGAUUGUGGAAGGGUUGAAUGUGAACUCAAGAGAUUACUGGGGGCAGACACCGCUAUUAGUAGCUGCCGAGUUUGGCAGGACAGAUAUUGUUCGGCUUCUUCUUGUGACAGAAAACAUUGAUUUGAACGCUAGGAAUAACGUGGAAGAAGGACCAUUGCUGCUAGCUGCGAAAAGGGGACAUAUGGGUAUUACUCAAUUGCUGCUGGCAACAGGGAUGGUAGAUGUUAAUGCACAGGAUAACAUAGGAAGCACAGCACUGUUCGAGGCGUCUAGAAGUGGCUAUACACGGAUUGUUCAGUUGCUUCAAGCUGCAGGAGCAAUUAGUUUGGCUGAUUACAAUACUAGCUAA